AUGAGCCCAUGUUGUUGUGGCCUGCCUCCAGCGCGUUGGUCCAGCCUCCCGCGGCUCAGAGCGGGCUUUAAAGAGAGCCGCAGACGCACUCAGGGCAGCAGAAAGCGCGCGUAUACCACCCCGUGUGCGUCUCAUCACCAGAGCGAGGACCAGCGCGCUGCGUCUCUCUGCAGGAGGUUCAGAUCCACCAAAGGAGCAUCCAAAGCGAGGCGCGACCAAAUCAAUAAUGAAAUCAGGAUUAUGCGAGGCCUGUUACCCAUCACCUCCGAGGACCAGGAGCGCCUCUCCUACCUGCACUCCAUGGCGGCCAUCUGCGCCUACAUAAAGAAGUCAGUGAUCCUCAAAGGAUUAACGUCAAAAGAGGAAUCGAACUGUUCUGUUCCAUCGGACGCCUUUCUGCAAGCGCUUCAUGGCUUCAUCCUGGUCUCCACGGCCCAGGGCAGGCUGGUCUGCCUCUCCGAGAAUGUGGAGGAAUACUUGGGCAUUUCUAUGGUGGACGUGCUUCAGGGAGACUCCUUGUUGGACAUGGUGGAGCGCUCAGAUGUUGAAGUCGUGAAAUCCAACCUGGACUUCGACAGCAAUCUCUCACCGGAGCGGACUUUUGUUUGUUCUAUGCAAACUUCCAAAGCCUUCAAGCUUCAAAAUGGCGCCAGUGGAGCGAUGCUGGUCCGAGGCAGGUUCCAGUUUUUCCCGUCGGAUUCGCCCUCCUCCUCUUCCUCCUCCUCCUCCUUCUCCUCUUCCUCGUCUGGUCCCGUCACAGAGCCCCUGUUUGUGGCCCUCUGCACCCCCACAGUGAACCAGCUCAGGCCGGGCAGCUCCGUGCAUCCUUCCUUCUGCAGCCUCCAUGGACUGGACAUGAGCUUCAGUCACGUGUCGGACUGUGUUUUGUAUCAUCUUGGUUUUUCGUCUGAAGAAAUAACGCUGACGUCAUGGUACAGCCUCAUCCAUCCUGACGAUCUCUCUCCAGCCGCAGAAUCCCACAGAACUUUAGUUCAGGCCGACUCUGGUUUCCAGCUGCAGAUGGUGCUGAGACUCCAGUGUAAAGACUUGUCCUGGACGUGGAUCUAUAUCCGGGCGAGCAAAGAGGCUCAGAGCAUCCGCUGCACCAACUUCAUCAUCAGUGAAACCGAGGCCAGAUUCCUUCAGCGGAAACUCAACAACGAGACUUCGGGACUGUCUCAAAUCUGCCACUCCUCCACCGCGACGCCAACGACCUCCUCGACACAUCACAAACCCAGUAAAUGUUUAAAGCGCCAACGCAGCCAAGACGAAGAAAGUUGCGCCAGGAGCAGGAAGACAAGUUGCGACUCAUGGCAAGACCAGACUUUUGCCGAUUUGAACCAAGACGAUCGCUCCUACGGCCCAAAGUGCGACAACCCUUACAUGUUCACUCCCCCAUACACGCCAAACUCCUCCGCCUCCUCCAUCGCUCAAGAUCUCAUCAUGGACGUCCUGUCUUCCCCUGAAUCCUCUCCUUCCUACUUCCCGCCAGCGCCUCCCAUAUGUGGAUUACCUUAUCAUUCGCCCAUGUCUCUACCCAACACCCAACCCUCUGACCACUCAUCCACUGGCUCGCAUUCCCCCCUGUCCACCUCCUCGUCCUCCUCGCUAUCUCCAUCCUACGAAGACUUCUCCACGUGCACAUCUGACGCUCGGUUGGUCCCAGAUUGCCUUUCCGUGUCAAACGAAAGCUCCACGGAGGACGAAUGUACCCUGCAUCAGGACGACUUCGGCCUCGACCCCGGCCUGCUCCCACCGACCCAGUCCCCGACCACCCAGGGGACUACUUUCGAGUACAGCGAACGGGAGCGAGAGGAGAUAAGCGUCCUGGCGCAGCAGAUUUCUUCCCUGGCGAAUAGUUUUGACAUGUUCAGCACGCUCAGUCCCUUCCAGAAUGACUCCAUGAUGAACUGUUUCCCCCAUCACGCCCCUUCUCUUCCUGCCGAGUUAAAACCCGAGCUUAUCCUGGAUGACUGUAUAUUCGACAGCAUCUUGAACGACUUGGAAUUGGUCGCCGUGAAGGGCAGCGCGAGGAACAUGCCGUGUCAAAUGCUGCAGCAGCCUCCAUCGCCUCUGGGGGCCUCCAUGGACAUCACAGAGAGGGCAGAUCGGCUCUCUUCAGGCGGAGUAAGCAUGGAUCAAAACAAUGGGUUGCAUCAACUCAACCGCUACAUCCACAGCAGCCUUCAGCAAGAUGGAUUUGCUGAAGAGAACCUGUAUUGA